GACGGACAUGAUUCGAUACUCAUCGCUAACUUUAGGCUUAGGACCAAGUUCGGCGUAAUUUUAUCGAUUUCUUGCCCACAGCUGAGUUUCGUGUGUAUGCCAGUUGAGAGAUUGGAAGUUGAGUUUCAGGAGGACAGUUUUGGUGAGAAGCGGCUGCGGAGUGCUCAGCAUGCCGCAAUGCCGGUGACACAUCGAAAGCACCGAAGAAAGAGAACCUCUGCUCGCAGGGAAGGAUCCAGCAAGGAGAGCUCUGAUAGCUGGCAGAGGUCAAAGUUGAAAGGGCGGAACGGCAGAGCCAAUUUAAUAUUCGCCCACGAGAAAGACGUGACACUCGACGCUUUUGCAGAUAACGCGAGUAGUCGGGCACUCGCCGCUCGAGUCAGUAAGGCCAGGGCCACAUCCAUCAACAAAGAGGUCAAGCAGGUCGAAAGUGCCAGUGCCAUCCUGGCGGCCCAAGGAGAAGCAGACGUCGUCGACGACUGGUACGAGAGGAAUUUCUCUGAGGAUGAGGAGUCUGAGAAGGAUGCUACCAAUGAUGAGGCUUGGGGUCUAGGAGGCGACGGUUGCAGGGAAAAGGAUGCCGAGAUGACGGUGACAAGCAAGGAGCCUGACCAGCAGGAGCAGGAAGAUGAUCACGUGACACCAGCCCCGCAAGGCAAGACAACCACCUGUGUUUACACCGGCGGGCAGAUCCAUCCAUCUGUCAUCUGGUACCUGGUGUCGUUCUUCAUUAACCCAGAGGAUGUUGCAACAUUCGCCUGUCUGUGUCGAGACACCUACGCGCUCACCAACACGGCCGGCUUCUGGAGAAUGCUGUACUUCAGAUAUUACAACAUGAAGGCAGCUCAGAGCCUCCCGAAAGAGCUCCACCCAACCAGCAUCCAGCGCACCUUUGGCCUCCGGGCACUGGUCAUCCGCUCUCUCCAGUUCCUUUACGCGCCCUUCGUGCAGCGCAACGCGGCCAAAGCUGCCGCCCUCUUGAGCAGCGGGGACAGUCUCACGAACCUCGUGGGAAGGGUGUUCAUGUACCACGUCAGCAAGCGCAAAGCCGGGAGCCACAUCUAUUUCCUGAAGUUCCAGGAGCGACAGUCAUUGGACAGCGGCACCCUGAAUGCCGUCGAGGCGUUGAAUCGCGACCCGGAUAUCCACGUCAACAACCACAGCGGCCAGAGCAUCCUGCGGGUGAUCUGCAAGCAGGCGCACCACCUGGAACCGGAGAGGAUCAUGGGUAAGGAGCUGGUCCGCGCCUCCGUCAACAUCAGUACCGGAAUGUCCUACAGCCGUUUGAAGCUCGAGUUCCAGGAGCCCGCGGCCGGGCGCGGUCGAGCGUUCAAUCGCAGCCGCUUCGACAGAAAGCGCGAGAAUACGUGCAUUGUCUUGGACCCUGUCGUGUGUGCCCGCGUCUUCCACUGGUGGGACCCGAACUUUCACGAGGAGUUCCGGACAAACGACAGCAGCGUCAUCACAAACAAUAUCAAUCUGGACAUCUGGAAUGGAACUUAACAGCCUUGACCACAGCCUCUGAGCUCACCAGACAAGUGCACGACAUCAUCAACUGCCCUUAAACGUGAAACCAGAAAUGUGCAAGCGAGGCAGCCACGCUGCGCGGCGAGAUUGCCACCAAUGGCAGGACAGAACCAAAUCCUGGAAGUUUUCUGACCAGCUGUCCAUUUAUGGUACCGGCACGGAGCUGUAUUAAAGAACCAGAGUGCUAAACUCCUCCUUCCCAGUGUGGAAAAGCUGGUACGCCUCCUGGGCGCCGAGUUUUUUAAUUCAUGCGCAUACCAGUAGAACAUAAGGAAAGAAGCUCAAGGAUUCCAGAUUAUGUAUUCUAAAUGCAACGCGCGAGUACAACAUUCGCAAUGGCCCGUUUCCUGCAGCGCAUUCCAAUGCGUCUGCGCUGUGUUUACAAUGAGCGAAUCAAAACGCUCAUUUUAUACUGACUGUGCAUUGUAGGCUCUUUGCAUAUCUGCUUUGUUGACACAUUCUUUGAGAAUACAGAUGCAGAUAGCCUUACAAAAACUGCAUAAAACUUUCUGUCUUUUCUGGUACUGACACCAAGGAUUCCUCAAAAGCGCGCAUAGCUCGUAAGCCUGAAGAAACCUGUAGAGAGGAGACAGUGAGAAGCAGUUACAGGUUUAGAGGCAGAAGGAAAACCCCAGAGGAAUAUUCUGGGUAAAACCCACACACUCAGGUCGGGACUGCACUUUCACUUUCCAGCGUGAGUUAGCACUCUAGGUUUUAUGGUACACAUAUAUAUCUCCACUACGGUAUAGUCCAACCCUGCUCUUGCGUGAGAACAAUAUGCCAUUAUGUUCACUGCCUCUGUGCUUAAAAUCUUAGACCCUUCAAGUCAAGUGCUUUACUCUCUACCGAUCCAGCAAGUUUAAGCCCAAACGGUUAAAAAACCUCAGAUCUCUGCGAUAUCAAAUGUAUGUACUGAGUGUUACCGGACCUACAACCCUAAAUCCAGUGGAAGUAUUUAAGUCAUACACAAAUGCGUUUCAGGUUCUUGGUACCCCAAGCUUGGUCUUGAAACAUUCUGGUCUUGACUACAACAGUGAUUGAAAUGGGAUGUUUUAACCUUUCGUUUAUGGAUGUAUUUUUUAUCUUUACACAUGACUUUCGUCAGCCAUGUUUAAUGAAGAAGUGUUAUGUUCAAAGAAGUGCAAGUCUGUGCAUGUUGCAGUGAAGAGGUGAAUAAAAGUAACGUAA